AUGGCUCAUCAACUGGCGUUGGUGCCUCGUCGUGUGCUGGCUGGCACGACACUGGCAUCUCCAUUGCAGCUGCAGACGCCCGCCGUUUUCACGCUCUGCGCGCGGCACAUGUCCUUUUAUGGGCGCAAGAAAAAGUCCAUGCAAAAUGGUUGCACACACUGUUGCGUGCCUCCCAAAAGCGCCUGGACCCAUGCCGAGCGUCGCCGAGGCCUGAUGUUCCAAUCCAAGGGCCAAAAGGCCAUGAUGGAGAAGGAGGGCAAGGAGAUGAUGAGUGCGCUCCGACAGAGCAACCUGGGUCAGAUUCAUGACGUGUGGGUACCCGUACCGGCCGAGUUUAGUGCCCCGCUGCUUUCGGCUGAGGGUUUGCGCCAACGUUGGGAGCAUCUCAAGAAGCGAGUCUACAGCACCUACAGCGCUGGCAUGCUGCGACGAAACGAGAAGGAUUGGCAACCCAUCCCUUUUGCCCAGGAUGCUCAGGACAAAUACAUUGCCAUCGCCAAGAGCUUUGCCUCGUAUGUCGUGAUUAAGCUCGGCGUUGUGCCCCUCCUUAACCCCUUUGCUUUGCCAUUUAGCAUGAGCAACCCGUCCAAGCAGACCCUGCGCACCCUGGCGACGGAUGACUGUGCUCUUCGCUUGCGCUCAGAGUUUGCUUCCAAGCCACACACAUGGAAGCUGCUUGAAGUUGUCGAGCGUCCUCAGGUGGUCUUUGUCAAUCUUAUUCCCGUCAACUCCAAGGAGAACCUAUACGCACAGAUUACUGUCAAGCUCCAUCUCAAGACGGAACUCAAAUACCACAAGGCCUCGCAGCCCGUCAUCAACGAUAUCCCAGAAUACAUUGUCUUGGAACGUCACAUCGUCGACAGCCGCAGCCAAUGGAAGAUUGCGGGCAACAUCAUGCCCAUGUUUCGCUUGCCCGUGGAGGAGCAACAGCGCUUGCGCGCGCAGAUCAAAGCCCGUGACGAAGCCCUGGCGCGCCAGGCCAAGGAAGCUCGCAAGGCCAAGUAA